AUGACAGAUCGAGGUAGAUGGUUCCGACUCUUGUCGAACCCGGGAUCGCUGAACCUAAACAUGCGGCAAAUAGAGCAAAAAUAUGACCUCUCCAAGUGUCACAUGUACGACGAGAAGAGUUCCUUCGCCUUCUGGAUCGUGAUGGUGCUGUUUUUCUGCCUGGCGAUCGGUAACCUAGUUCUCACGUUGUCGAUGAUGAAUAUAUUGAAGAUUUACCGAGGCAUGGAAAGCAUCGAACUGAUCCAGGACGCAGAUACCAUCAAAUUCUUCGGAGACAUCGACUUCGAUCGGGUGUACAAGAAGGACGGUUUGCUGGAGAGCUUCUACGAGGAUCCGCUCGAACUUACGGGAGACGCCGGAAGCGUGUCGAUCAAUUUGGUUAACCGUAACGGCCAUUCGCACAACAAAAUCCAACUAUCGGGAAAUAACAGUGUCCUGAAGGGUGUCAAUCAUUUCGACGUGAAGGACACCGUGACGGGGAGGCAGAUAUUUGGAAUCACCAACCCGCACUUUACCAUGCCACAGGGGCCACAGGUGCUCAAUGCAAAGCUGAUCAACGCCGCCCGGAUUGCGUCGCCUGUGGACGAAAAGCUGUCGCUGCUAACUCAAAAGAAGCUCACACUCAAAGGAACCGAAGGCAUUCGAAUGGAAGCUAGAGAAGUGUCGUGGACAGCCGAUCAGACCAUUUUCUUAAAGUCCGAUAACGGAAGCACGAUGCUGAUCGGUGCGAAUGGAGUGUCGAUCAACCUGAAGCACAUCCCGGUGGCGAACAGCGAUCAUGGUGUUCGUACUGGGUCGAAUCAGUACAAACUUUGCGUCUGCUAUCCGCAAGGUCGAAUCUUCCGUAUUGCAGUACCAAAGUCGCACAUUAGUCGGCUAAACUGUGCCAAUUUUAGCAGCAAAGACGAUCCGUGUGCGUAGGAUUCACACCAAAGUAUUUAAUGAUAUAACAGCUAGUAGUGUACUAAUCGAAACAUAUCGGCUAUAUAGCGGUAGA